CCCAUCCAAAACUUUUCUACUUACAUAAAAUCCUAACUUUUUUUCCCAAACUACCAACUUUCUCUAAACUUCUCUCUAAUUUCAGAAACUAAACACAGCCUUGGUUUAGUUCUCAAUGUUUUCUUCAAACUUCCAACUUUUCCAUCACAUCAAAACUUUCCUACAUACAUAAACUUCUAACAUUUUCGUCACAUCGUUCCAAUUUCAAUCAAACUUUCAAUUUUAACGUGAACUAAACACACCAGUUGUGUUUGUUUGUAGACCCUGUUACAGCUGCUGCAUUCUUGGUUCAAACUAUUGGAAGGGAAAAAUGUCAAGCUGAUGCAAGGUUUGCUAUAUUUCGUUGUGAUGAAUUAGAGCAGCGAAAAGACCUUACUAACCUCCUGCUUGUCUUGUCCACUCCAGUCCACACAGCCACUCGAUCGUUAUCCCUUGUCCGUCUUGCCUUGCCUUGUCGUAAGCUAGGCAAUGGCUAUGCCGCUGCCGCCGCCGCCGCCGCCUCGUCCUCCUCUUGGACGGGGACGGCUCGUCGGAGUAGGACCAGCUCCAGCACCAGCAACGGCCUCCCAAUCCAACCGCCCAGUGCCCCCCCUGCAGCUGCCUCGCUGCCGCUGCCAUCGCUCGGAGGGACCCUGGAGGACGACGGCGGCGGCGAACGGGAGGAGGCGGUGGUGGUCCGACGAGGACAUGGAGGAAGAGGACGACGAGGAGGGAUACGGAUACGACGACGGCGGCGCGCCAGGCGGGUCAGCGCAGGAGCUGUUCGGCGAGCCAUGGUUUUCCAAGCUCUUCCGUGCGUACGGCUACGUGCUGCCGCUGCUGCUGGCGUCCAUGCUGGUGGCCACGGGGCCCAGAGCUUUCCUCAUGGCCAUGGCGCUGCCGCUCGCCCAGUCCGCCAUCUCCUGGGUCGUCUCCUUCUUCACCACCAGGAGUCGUCGGCAGCAGGAGGAGGAGGAGUCGUACGGAUACGACUACGAUGACGAUCCCGCCUUCCAACGCCGAGAGGAAGACGACGACGACGGCGACUACUAUGAUGCCGGGGCAUGGCAAUGGCGGAGCAGGAGCCACCAGCAAUCGACCGAAUCCGGCUCCGGUUUUGGAGGAUGGGAUGACCUCCUCUACGACGAUGAGGAGAAGAAGGAGCAGGAGAGCUCAGGGAAGAAGAGGACGCCACCGGAGCCCGACACGGCGGCGGCUGCUGCCGCCUCCGAUCUGGGACUGGGAUUGCGGGCGAGGAGAGGUCCACGACGCAGCAAUGGCGGCAUGUCGCGAGGAAGAAGCAGCAGCAGCAUGAGGUAUAACCAGGCGCCACUGCUGACGCGCCUUCUCGUGGCACUCUUCCCCUUCCUCGGCUCAUGGUUCAGGAUACUCUAAAUUUGAGAAGAAGAAGAAAAACUGAGAGAUUUCAGCAUUCAGAAUGGAUUGAUUCAUCGUCAGUUCGUCAGACUCUUAUCACAAUUUCCUUCUCCCGGUCAGGUGCACUUUGCCUCUUUUUUGUCUUGGUCAUGUUCACCUGACAAUCACAACUCACAACUUCAUGCAAAUCAAAACAAAAAAAAAAUCACUUGGUUUCUUCAGGAACCAAACCAUGAAAAUUGAGAUGAAAUUUCUGGC